CUAGGCGUCAUUGCUCCACUUUUAGCCACCGACCCGGUGAAGUUCACGGAGUACAUCCUAGGGGUUGACUGGAUCGAUGACCCCGUUCAGCAGAGGAAGAUUAUUGAGCUACUCUCCUUCAGUGGAGGCUACAAAGGAAAAGAAGAAGAAGCAGCUUGGUGGCUUUUUGCCAAGGAUUUUGUACGUUUAAUGUCUUCUGAGGUGCCCGAUUCGCGACCCAGGCAACAUAAUGUGACCGUCCACGCGAAAAGGCGGUGUAAGUUGGCA